CCGCAUUCUCGUCAAGAACGGGAGGAAGAGACGAUUUGCAGCUUACAGCUUCUCGACAGCUUCCUGAUCUUUAAAGGCCCAAUUCCAACCAUGUCGAUCGUGAGGCGCAGCAACAUCUUCGACCCCUUCUACCUCGACGUCUGGGAUCCCUUCCGGGGCUUCCCGUUGGAUGCCUUCCGUUCCCUCUCCGAGACGCGCCCCGGCUUCGUGAGCGAGACUUCCGCCUUUGCCAACACCCGCAUCGAUUGGAAUGAGACCCCCGAGGCGCACGUCUUCAAGGCCGACCUGCCGGGGGUGAAGAAAGAGGAGGUGAAGGUGGAGGUGGAGGAAGGCAGGGUCCUCCAGAUCAGCGGCGAGAGGAGCAAGGAGGAGGAGGAGAAGAGCGACAAGUGGCACCGCGUGGAGCGGAGCAGCGGCAAGUUCCUGAGGAGGUUCAGGUUGCCUGAGAAUGCCAAGGUGGAUCAGGUGAAGGCGUCAAUGGAGAACGGUGUCCUGACCGUGACGGUGCCCAAGGAGGAGGCGAAGAAGAAGCCGGAGAUGAAGUCCAUUGAGAUCUCCGGUUGAGUUCUGAAUGGAGCACAAUCCUCUGCUUUCGGCCAACUGAUCCGAAAAAUAAGCGUGCUGUGAGAGUUGGGUGUCAUACUAGCAUCUGUUUUCUGUGCGAGGGUGCUCUCCGGUGUGUCUGCUAUCAGCCCAUAGUCAACGACGGUCUUCUCGUCAGUCUGAUUCUGGAACUGUCUGUUUUUGUAUCAAUCUCUUAUGUAAGCGAAGCAUUGUAUUCCAAAAUACAAGUUGGUGUGACUCCAAGCAUAGAGAAUAUUGCCUUGCUCUCUGCUUUUGCUUGCAGAAGUCACAGUUCUUUUGCA